AUGUCUUCCGCAGGUGCAGAAACGCCUGUCGCCGGAAAUGGCGUUAGCAGGACCGACAGCCACAACCACGACCUAAACUCGCGGGACGAGGCUGUUCUUCCCCUGCUGCCGUUACAGGUCUUGGCUGAGGUACAACGCCGACGCAACGAAACACAGCCUGGCGAAUCCGGUCUUCUUCAGACGAUCUAUGGCGUAAAGCAGGCUGUCCAACUUACCGCUGAUGAUGAGGACAAGUUACGCCUAAGCGCGCGCCCUCUCUGUCGAGAAUGGCUCAAAUUGAUGCCGAGUCUCGGCUUCAGGAUGCUUCAAAUUGCCAUCCUCGCGGUCAUAUUGGCAUUUGGAGGCAAGCAGCAGGCCUUCAACCUGAGCGAUGACCAAGUCGGGCAAAACAUCGAUGUAUCCGUCGACAUCCAGCUAGCUGUGUUUGGCGUCGUCAACAAACUACUCGACUACCUCAUUGAUACGGCACUUGACCAUGCAGUCUCUGUAACAUUGACACUGUGGAUGGCUUGCUCAAUAAGCGAUCGAUUUGCUGGUAUCAAAAUCGACGAUUUCUCCAUGAAAGAGGAACUAUCCAAGCCGUGGAUUGCCAUAUGGGCCUGCUUACAACGUUGUCGGAAAGGCGAUUCCUGCCUAUUCUCUAUCGCACGAGGGCUUCUGUGUCUAGCUGUCUCCUUGUCGGUCGUGCUGCAGGGAGCUAGUGUCAAUACUAUCGGGAUGCCAAAGGCCCGAUGGGCGCCUACCUAUACUAGCGGUGUUCCUGGUGCAGGAAACACCUUGGAAUUGCCCCUUAUGCGGAUUGUAAGUGCCAAUGUCGAUGGAUUUUGGUCCCAAGCUGAGGCGAUGACCGGCGAGCCAACAGCGGACGCAAUUGGACAGAUCGUAGCAGGUCUCGAGGCAUCUGCCACCUUCAUCGGUCUGUCGGGUUUACGAAAUGCCAUGAACAACGACCGAACUCAACCGGGCUGGUACGAGGCAUAUAAGUCCUCGGGGAGCUAUAUCACAGGGAUCCAUGUUCCUACAAAUACCUCCCAGAGUUCUAUUCAGACUGUCUCCUUGCAGUUUGGUGGCAUCAACGCUAUCUGGCAGUCGCAGUCUUUGUAUGGGAAUGCAUGGGCUCGUGGCUCUACCGGCUAUACAGGCAAUCUGAAUUUGACUCUGCCAUUCCUCGAGACCGUAUGCGCCCCCAGCACGAACCUCACGACUACCGCGAAUAACACGAUGCUUGCCCAACAUCCAGUCGAUAUGAACUCGACUAAGGCCAUGAUCCAGGUUCUUGUCGGCGCAUCAGGAAGUUUUACAGGUGCCAACUGUAGCGUAACGUUACGUCAGGGGCUUUUCCCCACCGCAGUUUGGAUCGUCGAUGGAAAUAGCCCAGAUGCCUCGCUUACCAAUUACAACAAUUCAUGGUGGCUUACUAAUGAUCCUCUCAACCCUCCCAUCUACAUGUUCCCCUCAACUCUUGACGACACGGCUUUUGUGGCCGAUCUGGCCGAUAUCUUCAACGGAAUCUCCCCCAAUCUAUUUGGACUCAUCCAGCGCGGACCGAGUUUGACAGACCACUUGGUUGCGCUCUCGCGGCAAUUUGUCAGCCUCAACCGGACAGCGUGGAACUCGGAAGCUGCAGGUAUGACGCCCAUUAUUGGGACCAUGCUAAGCCAGAUCCUGAGUACGGCGACCUGGGAAGAAGAAGGCGAUCCUGAUAACGCCACGGUAAUAAACCGGCCGGUGAUAUGGCAGACUUAUGGAUCUAGUCCGCGAUUAGGGUGGGAGUGGACUAUCGCUCUGGCGCUGGCAGUCAUUCUGAUUGUGACGGUGUGGGAUAUUUUUCUCAUUUUUUACUACCAUUUCUCUGGAGCACCGGUGACAGAUCCUGGUGAUCUGUGGUUACGGAAGCCCGAGGGUAUUCAGGGGAUGGGAACGAAGGAACUAUUCGAAAAGGUAUAUUACUUGCGAGAGACAGAUAGAGAGGUUUUUAUUACGGUGGACCGAGACGCUGGCAAGGUUCUGAGAAGGGAUUCCGAGUAUACAUGGCGGCAUUGA